CUCCCAAUGUUCGUUUCAAAAAGUGUGCACAGCAAUCAUGCUGAUCUUAUCCAUGAUGUCGCCUAUGAUUAUUAUGGCCAAAGGAUGGCGACUUGCAGCAGUGAUCAAAUGAUCAAAAUAUGGGAUCUCCGCGAUGAUCAGGAGUGGGAGUGUACUGCUAGGUGGCGAUAUCAUCUGGGGUCGGUGUGGCGUGUUUGUUGGGCGCAUCCUGAAUUUGGGCAGAUCAUUGCUACUUGCUCAUUCGACAGAACCAUUGCCAUUUGGGAGGAAAUCACUGGACAGGUGCUUAUUAUCGGAGUCCUGUGCAUACUCUUCAUCACGAGUGGAGACGCGCCGACACCGACGCCAGCGACGGGUGCGUGUGCUACAGAUACUGGCAGCAGCCAACAGAGCGCUGCAGUUAAUCCCACUAGCACUUCCAACACUCGUGGUGGUGUGUGGAUCCGUCGGGCCCAUCUGGUUGAUCCUCGCAACUCCGUCACCGGUCUGAUGUUUGCACCGCGCUUCCUCGGCCUCCAGUUGGCUGCCAUUUCAACUGAUGGGGUGCUUCUGGUCUAUGAAGCGCAGGUUCACUCUCAAUUCUCAUCAUUACACUUCAAUUCUCGCUUCCAGGAUGUUAUGAACCUGUGCCAGUGGACCGUUCAAUGUGACUUUGCAACGAACAUGACUGGCUCCUGUUUGGCGUGGUCCCAAUCGCGAUUAGAUCCACCGCUUAUAGCGGUAGGAAGUGCUUCGCUCCAUAGAAAUCAACAUCAAGGUGAGCUGGGAGAGUUAGGCGCAUGCCACUUGGCCGUUCAAGGGUCGGAUGUUAACUCCGGACAUGGCAAACUUAUCCUCCUUGAGUAUAAUGAGAACUCUCGCCGCUGGAACCUGGUUCAGGAUAUAGUCGAUAUCAAGGACCCUGUCUACGACGUUGCCUUUGCACCCAGUAUGGGCCAGUCUUAUCAAGUUCUAGCUGUCGGCUCUGAAAUCCUCCUUAUUCUCCUCAUCAAGUUUGUAACCGCUCCACAAGUUGCGGAGAAUGGAGUCAACACACCGGGCGCUUACAAUGUCUCUGUGAUGGCUCGUUUUGAGAAUCAUGGUGGUCGUGUUUCACGAGUUGCUUGGAAUUACCAAGGAAACAUUUUGGCUUCUGCUGGAGAUGACGGAACGGUACGUCUUUGGUGUUCCAACUACUUGAAAGCUUGGUUCCCUCUUGCUGUUAUUCGUCCUGGAGAGAUUAGCCUGCCCACACCACCGUCUCACCUCAGCGCCACCUCUGCUAUAGCAGCAAUGGAUCAACAGUCUCAUGGAUUUCCCAGCGGUGCUACCGCUGCCACGACUGCUACCAUUAAUGCUAUCAAUGCUCCUCACGUCUCCGCCUCCUCCUCUUCACUCUACCCCCGCGACACCAUUGUCUCUACCAACAUCACCGAGCCUCCUCCUAGCGGCUUGCUAGCUUCUGCCACGUCCGACGUCUCUGUAGCAUCUACCACUUCCGUCGGUAAGUCAUCUUGUAAGAGUGCGCUUUUUUGGGAAAUUGAUGUUCAAGCGAAAUUCUUCUGUAAGUUUCGACCCGGUUUUGUAGCCUCGGUAGUCUUUUGUUUGGGAAUGACUACCAUUUUAUUUGUUUACUCCUUUGUAGAAACUACAAAACCCGUUCGAUUCACAAAAAGUGGCAGUGUGGUAUAUGCGCGCAAUCAAGUUGUUUGGCAUUGA